AAAAAUUCGUUCAGUGUCUUCACGGUGACCUCGUCGUUGUUUCUUUUCCUUUAAGGCAGGCCAGCCACCGACCAUGAGCACAUUGCGACUGUGUGUUAACGCGUUACGGUCAUCCUGUUGUCGCCCCAGAAGAUUACAAUACGGCUACCUCCCUGCACGAAAUGCCCAUGCGCGCGUUCCACUAAAGUACCCUAUCGAGGCUGGCUUGGGAGAGUUCCUACCACCAGCGGCGCUUAAUGUCGUUGCUGUUGACUACCAGGAUGGUUUGUUGAAGCAGCUGAACGAGGAGACUCGAGGCUCAGAAUAUGAGGGAAUGUCUGUGGUGACUACCCUAACGACAUCUCUCGAUGACCCGUUCAACAUAUUAAUAUCCAAUCUCGCAAGCCUGGCUAUCAAUAAUCACUUCUUCCUUGACCACCUUAAACCCCCACCGGCGAAAGGUUCGACACAUCAAGAUGAGAUGUCCUCCACCUUGCGCACACAAAUAACGGAUCAAUAUGGCAGCAUAGCUCAGCUGAAAUCCACUUUUUCCGCGGCUACACUGGGGAUGUUUUCGUCAGGUUAUGUCUGGCUUGUCACGGACAGUGCCGGUAGAAUGGCCAUACUCCCCACGUUUGGAGCGGGUACACUUCUGGUCCGGUCCCGACAGUACAAAGCCCCCAUGGACGAUCUCAAGGACCUGGACUUGAGACGCGACGAACUUGUACCGGGGGAACCGUUUUAUGACGAAUAUGUGAAGGAAGUGGAUGCAGAAUGGGACAGGUUGGCGAAGGAGGACGAAUUGACUGAGGAGGAAGCGCAAGAAGAAGUUGACCCAGAGGGGCUGAAGGAAAUGUACAAGCCCCUGCCAAAUGAGCAGCUUCAGGCGUUCACUCCGGUUUCGACCUUCAAGCCUCCAUACAAGAAACCUUGGCAACCUGGAGAACGUGAAUUACAUACCAGUGCCAGGACAUUAGCCAUCACGGAUCCCUCAUCGAGGCAAUCCUCCAACUCUCACUCAGAGGACUUCUCAAAUCGGCUCGACCCGGGCAAAGACGACAUUAAUAAUCUCGGGGACGUGCUAUACCCGCUUUUCUGUGUAUCUGUUCAUGAGCACGCUUGGAUGAGCGCUGGGUACGGAGUGUGGGGAAAGGAGGAGUGGAUGAAAAAGUUCUGGUCUGUUUUGGACUGGGCCAAGGUUAGCGACACGUACGCUAGGGUUGCGAGUGGCACAAGUGCCAAAUUUACUAAAAGGUCAUUGCCCUAAUAUCUCGAUACAGUAUCAUUUUCAGUUCUGUAGACGGAGGAUAUUAAUACUACUAACUUAUUAUCAUCAGAGACCAAUCCAGCUCAAUUUUUUUUUGACCAGGG